UGGGCAGAGGGACAAACGUGUAUUUGGGGCUUCCCUCUCGCAAGGACACGUGCUGCUCACAUCGAGGCAUCCUCAUCGCUGCUGAGCGCAGACUGCGGGCUGUCAUCCUCGAAGGGAGGCUGCACACCAGGCAUCAGGGGGGCGGCGGUUCCCUCUCUGGAGGGGUCCCAUCCGUCAAUCGCACGGCGAUCCGAGGAGUACCGACCAAAGACCCCGCCCGGGGAAAGGGGCAGGGGGAAGCCACCGACCGAGGGGCGCCGGAAGUGCGAAGUCCCAUGCCGGGAGAAGGAGGACAGGCCGAGCACCGGCCCGGAUGCGGGAGGAGAUGCACCUGGGCUGGGCCUUGUCAGGGAGGAGGCAUGGUCGUCCCCGGCGACAGGGUGGCCACUGGCCGCCAUGAGGGGCACACACGGGGGCCCUGAUGACGAGGGGGAGACCGGGCCGGACGGGGUGACAGCCGUGUGAAUCCGCAAGAGGGGCCUCGGAGACCCGUCAGUCCGGUCCGGUGACAUGGAGGAAUGGCCCCGCUGGUGGGCAUGCUCGGUCACCGGGUUUGUCGGUUCCAAUGGGUGGACAUGGACCACUGCCUCCGCCGGAAUGGCCAGCUCGCCAUCAUUCGUGGCCUCCUCCUCCUCCUCCUCCGCGUCCUCCGCGUCCUCCUCCUCGCCCUCCCAGGAGGAGGAGAGCGUCGAACCUCCAGCAGGCUCGGGAUCGGCGGAAAAGAGGACCUCGCGCGUUUUGCCGGAUGGCUGCGGCGAGCUGGGCCGCGAGUCAAUGCGCACCGGCACACUGAACAUGCCAAAGGCCUCUUCGAAGGAAAGAAGCGCCCCAUCAGGCCCAACAUCAGGGCUGGUGGAAGUGGUGUGCGGUACCAGGGGGCCGGGCCCACCUCCGCGACGGCCACGACCUCGUGACCGCGGUGUUCCCUGUCUCAUUGGCCUGCGACCCGGCGACGCGGGAGGGCUUCCCGGCGAAGCGCCCGCCUGAGGCGUCACAUCCAAUGCCUUGCUUCCCAACAGGGCAGACCCGGUCAGGAGAGACUGGCCGGAAUAAUUGUCAUCCAGCGACCGAGCCAGGGCAGCCGGCGCACCGCCGGGGCUUCCAUCAGGAGAGGGCUCAGCCCCGGGCCCGGUCGGCCGGCCGAUGUCCACCGAUGCAGAUGUGGCUCUCCGGGCGAAGGUACUCCGUGGCCCGGGCUCACUGCUGACAGCUACCUGGGAAAAGGGGCCUACCGCUCGAUCCGGGUCCACCAGCGGACCGACCAGGUGGACGGCAUCGGAAAAGGCUCCCGGCAAGGGCGGCGCCGGGGGAAUGACCGCCCGGACGGGCUGAUCAUCCACCAGCCCAUCGCCAUUCACCGAGACAGACCCGGCAGCCAAGGAUCCAGAUGAGUCGGAGGAGGUGGCCGAGUUUGUGGCGGAGGAGGAACUUCCCCCGAAAAAGCGCGUCAGACCGGUCCGCUGGAGAAGCAUCUCAAAUGACAGGGCUCCGGCAAGUGCCGGGGACUGGGCCAAUCCCGGGCCCGGAGAGGCGGGCUUGGGCGACGAUGGGAUCGGACUGGCCGGGGCGGUGGCGCUCGAAGGAUUGUCAUGCGCAGAAGGUAUCGAAGCGAUCGCAUCGCCGGAAGGAUCGUCGGGAGGGAUCUGAAGAGGCACAGCGGGUGCCGGGCUAGCAGCAGCAGCAGCAGCAGUAGUAGUAGUAGAAGCAGCGGUUGCUGUUGCCGUCGUUGUUGCGGCUGUUGUUGCAGCUGUUGUUGUGGGAUCAAAACUCUCGGUAGUAGCUGGGACAGCAGGAUCAGCAGCAGGAUCAGCAGCAGGAUCAGCAGCAGGAUCAGCAGCAGGGUCAGGAUCGUCACCCGGGCGGGAGCUGGCCCCGGCAUGGCCACCGCUCGGGGCAUCAUCGGAGGAGGGCACUUCACUGGGGCCAUUUGAGCUGGACAAUGUCUUCAACUCGACCGGGGCCAGGCGCCGACGGCGUGCCUCGACAACAGCCACACUACCGACGCCGCUGGCGGCCCCGACAGCUGCGCCAGCCACUGCGGCCGCGGCCGCGGCCGCUG